CUAAUCGCAUCACGCCCAGACAGACGCAUCAUUAAGCAGAUGACACGCAAUAAUGUUGUCCCUGCUACUUCUGUACAUCCGACUUCAUACGCGCUUGAAACGCCGAUAAAGGUGAAGGCUGCAGGCACCGGCAGGAUGGAGCAGACACCAGGACUUUGUUCAAACACCGAGCCAGCCGUGUCUGUGUUGAUCUUCUGGGGCAGAGCGUCCUAAAGAGCUCCACGAGGGGAAGAGACCACAGCAAACUCCAGGAGAAUGAAGAGACGCAAGUGUCCCUACAAAUGUCACUCACGAAGGAAGAUCCUGAUCCUGUGUGUUACAGGGUGGCUGAUUGCACUGCUGAAGCUCCUCCAUGUCGAAAGACACUUUUUUCCCUCUAAGGGUAUUUAUUUGGUUGAGCACUUCUUGAGCACUUCUUCUUACGUUAGAAACAGGUAUUCCUACCUUAGAAAUGAGUUCCAGUAUGAAAUUAAUUGUUCAUCUAUAUAUGAACAAGAUCCCCAUGAAAUUGGCAAGAGUUUAGAGAUAAGAAGAAAAGAGAUAAUUGAUUUAGCUGAUGAAGAUGUCAUAGCAAUGACAAGUGCUUGCCACGUGUAUCGUUCACUUAGGAAAUACCACCUAAAACCUGUCUCUCCAGAGGAGGAGAGUUUUCCAAUCGCCUAUUCUUUGGUUGUUCACAAAGAUGCAGUAAUGGUAGAGAGGCUCAUACAUUCACUGUACAGUCAUCAAAAUAUUUACUGCAUCCAUUAUGACCAAAAAGCAGCAAAAAGUUUCAAAUCUGCUAUGAACAAUCUAGCUAAAUGUUUCCCCAAUAUUUUCAUUGCAUCAAAAUUGGAGACAGUGGACUAUGCACAUAUUUCACGGCUGCAGGCAGAUUUCAAUUGUUUGUCUGAUUUGAUGGACUCAUCAGUUCCCUGGAAGUAUGUUAUUAAUUUGUGUGGCCAAGAUUUCCCUUUGAGGUCAAAUUUUGAGUUGGUCGCUGAACUGAAGAAACUCGGUGGAGGAAACAUGCUGGAAACUAUAAAGCCAAGCAGUAGCAAAAGAGAACGAUUUACUUAUCACUAUGAACUUAUGAAAGUGCCUUAUGAAUACAUGCAGAUGCCUGUAAAAACCAACAUUUCCAAAAAUCCGCCACCUCAUAAUAUUGAGGUAUUUGUAGGCAGUGCCUAUUUUGUUUUAAGCCGAGCAUUUAUUCAAUAUACCCUUGAAAGCUCUCUUGCAAAAGAUUUUUUCGAGUGGUCAAGGGAUACAUACUCUCCGGAUGAACAUUUCUGGGCCACUCUUGUACGUGUUCCUGGGGUCCCUGGGGAAGUUCCAAGGUCAGCCCAGGACAUAACAGACCUACAAAGCAAAACUCGUCUGGUGAAAUGGAAUUAUCUUGAAGACCAUUUGUAUCCUCCCUGCACUGGUACCCACCUUCGCAGUGUCUGCAUCUAUGGGGCCGCAGAAUUAAGAUGGCUUCUGAAUUAUGGGCACUGGUUCGCCAACAAGUUUGAUUCCAAAGUAGACCCUGUCCUGGUAAAAUGCUUGGCAGAAAAACUGGCAGAACAACAGAAAGAGUAUGAAACAAAGACCUCUGUAUCUGCUACCUCAGGAAAACUGGAAGUGCCCAGCUCACGGACAAAACCAAGAGAUCAGCGUGACACCAAAUGAGCCGUGUGGCCUCACCUGAACUUCCCGUCUGUGGGAGCUAACAAAGAUCUUUGCAAUGUGAAUAUGACUGGAUGAUACAAGGGAAAGAAGAUCCUUAGAUACCGCAUUGUCUGUAGCAUCGUUCUCUUCUCCCAGUUCAUCUGUGCAUUGCUUUUCCUUCUGUGAAGCGUGUGCUCAGGUGCCGUGCCAUGCCUAUGAAAUCGGUGGUGGUUGGUUGAAACAGAAUUACGCACUGUUGUUCUUCAAAGGCAGUAUACGAACGUGCCCUAAGGGCAGUCUCCGCCGUCCCUUAGAGUAGAUAUCCACGCCAAAAGAGGUUGAUCUUCAUUUCUAUCUCUGCCCGUAGAAAUAUCCUCCUGUGAAAUCCCAGUCCUUUUGAGACAGUAUGUCUACACAGUGGAUAACAAGUGCUAUUUCUAAUUAGUGUUCAGCAACGUGGUGCUACGUUGAAAUGCCAAACAUGUGAAGUCGAGCGGUAAUCAUAAGAAUAGCCAUAUUGCAGAAAUGAAGGCGCUGUGUAGAAGCGUCUUUCUGUGCAAGUCUCGUGGCCUUGCGCCACCACGAUCCCAGGCUGACGGGUGCCUGAGCAGGCCCUGUUUCGGCUGUCGAGCAACUGUUCUCCAACAGCCUCUGCUUCCCAUGGCCCUGCCAGGCCUCCUGGUAGCAAAGCAGCCUGGGAGCCUCCUCGCAGCUGGGCUCCCCACACUACAGCGUGAGGGAGGUGUUUGUUAGCGCAGAGGUCUCUGCAGAAACUCUUGCAACUCAGAAAUGCCUCUUGGCAUUCUGGGGAUUUCUCUGGAACGUUGCUCUGCCACAAGUUCAGUUUCGGUCAUUCCAGUGGACCCUGGGGUCUAGCUUGCUCCGUGCCGCUGUCCUCUUUUUACCCAUCUGGCUUUUAUUAAGGAGCCUCUUCCUACAAGUGACUUUGGGAUAUCUAGUCUUAUCAAUCCACAAAUUGCUGCAAUAACAACCAUGUCUUGUACCCAUGAGAAAUCUUUGUUUCUUAUUUGAGUUGAAAGAACCGAGUCUUUUUUUGGUCUCAGUUUUUGUUUAUAAAUUUAGUCAUGGUCAAGUCAUCUGUGGCUUAAGAUUGUGUUUGAGAGUCAGGAGUUUCGGGCCUUUUUCCCCAUUCAUGAUACUGAUUUCCUAUGAGACCUCAGACAAGUCAUUUGAGUUUUCUGUUUCAGCUGUUCUAGCUGUAAAAUGGGAACAAUGAUGUUCUAUUAUCUUGCUAAGCACUUCAAAACCUAUGGGUGUUGUGGGUUGGUUGCACAGAACUAAUUGCUUAUCAAAGUAUUUAUGGAGUCUGUGGACGCACAGGUCAAGUAUUUCUUUGAUGUACUGUUUCUGAAAUAAAUGAGUAUUAUUUUUAAAGUGUGUGUGGCUUACUUCAGUGAGUUGCCGUGUC